UGGUCCUUAGUCAGUCUGCUGUUUAUUUAUCUAAUACUCUUUCUGUUGCCUCAUGCUCAAACUGCUCUCAAACUCUCCUUUACCUGCUUUACUUUGCUUUUCAAUACUGCACUAAUGGACUGGAGUUUGAAUCUCAUAUGGCUUCUUGUAAUAUAUAUGAACAUACAGAGUUUUGCAUUCCAGCCAGUGAUGUAUGGUGAAGUUCAGUCUCCUCACUAUCCUGAACAUUCUCCAUCUCCUCUUCAUGAGCACUGGGACCUGGAGGUGCCCAAGGGCUACCAGAUUCAGCUCAACUUCAGCUACCUCAAUAUCAAGCUGUCAACAGGCUGCAGGAAUGACUUUUUCAAGAUAGUGCACAAUGGAACGGUGGAGAAAUUCUGUGGUGAAGGGAACAGAUCCAUUUCCAUACCUACCAGCAAUGUUCGACUGUCCCUUCAGACCAGUGAAGUUGACAAAGGGCCUUACCCACCAGUGGGCUUCUCUGCAUUCUACCACGCUGAAGAUGUAGAUGAAUGCUUAGGGAACAGAACAGACCUUCCCUGCUCUCAUAUCUGUCUCAAUACCAUGGGCUCUUACCUUUGUGCCUGUCCUCAUGGCUUCAGACUGAAGUCUAACCAGCACACCUGUGUUGAGGUUCAAUGUGAGUCUCCAAACAACAUAAAUGGCAGAAUAACCCCAACACUUUCUACGUACUACUACAACAAUGUGACCACUGUUCACUGUGAUGAGGGCUACAGAAUCAAUACAGAAGGAGGAGAGGUCAGCAUGCAUCAAUUCACCUGUCAGAGUAAUGGCCAGUGGAGUAUGCCUCUUCUUCGGUGCCACAUUACAUAUUGUGGAGCCGUGCCAGCUUUACUGAAUGGGAAAGUGUUACACAUCUCUGGUGCUCAUAAUCAGUAUCGCUCUGUUAUUAAGCUGCACUGUAAUGAGCCAUAUGCUUUGCCUGCCACACAAAAUGCAACCUUCACCUGUUACGCAGAUAAGAAAUGGAAAGAUGAUCACAACAGAGUGAUGCCUGUGCUUCACAAGUGUCUCCCAGUGUGUGGACGUCCAUCUGCUGCUCUGACACGCCACAAGAGGGUGUUAGGAGGUCAGCUUGCUUCACAGAGGGCCUUUCCCUGGCAUGUCUUUAUGCACCAGCCAGUUAGAGGAGGUGGGGCUAUAAUAUCAGAACAGUGGAUCUUGACAGCAGCGAACAAUUUGAUGUCCAAUAACCAACCUGUUUCUCCAGACAAAGUAAAGAUACACAUUGGAGGCAAUGAUGCCCUACAACUAUCUUCCAUGCCACCUCUACAGAUCGAGUCUUUACACAUUCAUCCCCUGUACAAUAAUCCAGAUUUCACAAAUUUCGACCAUGAUCUUGCACUGAUAAAACUGAAGAAUACCAUUCAAUAUAAUGCUGAUGUUAUGCCACUCUGUCUGCCUUCAUUGGAAGCUGAAUAUACUCCCAGCCUCACUGGGUGGGUCUCUGGCUUUGGACAGACUGCAAGAUCAAAAAUAUCCAGGUAUCUCAGGUAUACUUCCCUCCCUCUUGUGAAUAAGGAGAUGUGCCAAAAAUUCAUUGAUAAUUUGAGGAUUCCAGUGCCCCUAACAGACAACAUGUUUUGUGCUGGUGUCCCAAAAGGCGGAAAAGAUGCAUGUGGUGGUGAUGCUGGAGGGGCAUUUGUUUUGAAACAGAAUGGCGUAUUCUAUGCUGCAGGGAUUGUUAGUUGGGGGUAUGAGUGUGGUAAACCAGGCAGAUAUGGGGUAUAUACCCGGGUAGCACAGUAUGUAGACUGGAUAAACAAGACAAUGAGUGAAAACUAA